CCGAAUUUGAAGGCAAAAUAAACACAGACUACACACAAGAAUAGGUUGGGUGAAUUCAAUGUUCGUUUCGAGUGCAAUUAAAGUAUGACGAAAGAAAUACUGCGAAAACAGCUCCCACAUGGCAGUUAGAGAAAGUUAGUGAAGAAAAAGAAGAAAAAGAUGGCUUCUAAACCAGGGAUUCUUACCGAAUGGCCAUGGACAUGGCUCGGCAACUUCAAGUACCUGGUAUUGGCGCCAUGGGCAGUACCUGCAACAUACUCAUUUCUGACGAAGGAUGAUAACCGGAAGUACUUAUCAUCUUUUCUCGUGUUACCUCUCCUUAUAUCGAGAGCGGUGCACAACCUGAUAUGGAUUUCGCUCUCUCGUUAUCGAACAGCAAAGGGGAACAACAGGAUAGUUGAUAAGAGCAUCGAGUUCGAGCAAGUAGAUAGAGAGAGAAACUGGGACGACCAAAUUAUACUUAACGGGAUAAUUAUGUACACGGCAAUCAUGUUCAUUAAGUAUGCUCAGCGUGUUCCGUGGUGGAGCACAGACGGGCUUAUAUGGACGUUUUUAUUACACGCUGGUCCUGUGGAGUUUCUUUACUACUGGCUGCAUAGGGCGUUGCACCACCACUUUCUUUACUCGCGCUACCAUUCCCACCACCACUCUUCCAUUGUUACCGAGCCUAUUACAUCUGUAAUUCAUCCAUUCGCGGAGCAUAUCUCGUACUACCUCCUGUUUUCGAUACCGUUGCUUACCACUCUUUUCAUGGGGAAUGGUUCGAUACUCGCAAUUACUAUUUAUCUAACUUAUAUCGACUUUAUGAACAACAUGGGUCACUGCAACUUUGAGCUCAUUCCCAAAUGGCUCUUCUCAGCAUUCCCCCCACUCAAGUACCUCAUGUACACACCUUCGUACCAUUCGCUGCAUCACACCCAAUUUCGAACCAACUACUCACUUUUCAUGCCGUUCUACGAUUAUGUGUAUGGUACAAUGGACAAAUCUAGCGACACAUUAUACGAAAAAUCACUCGUUAGAGAGGAAGAGUCACCUGAUGUGGUGCAUCUGACUCAUCUCACAACACCAGAAUCGAUUUAUCACCUCCGCCUAGGAUUCCCAUACUUAGCAUCUCAGCCACAUAAAUCUAACUGGUACUUGUGGUUGAUGUGGCCCGUCACAGUUUGGUCGAUGAUGAUCACCUGGAUUUACGGCCGCACAUUCACUGUCGAAAGAAACGUCUUCAAAAACCUGAAACUGCAAACAUGGGCAAUUCCUAAAUACAGCAUCCAAUACUACAUGCAAUGGCAGAAAGAGAUCAUAAAUACUAUGAUUGAGAACAGUAUACUAGAAGCGGAGGACAAAGGUGUUAGAGUGUUGAGCCUCGGUCUGUUGAACCAGGAAGAGGGGCUUAACAAGAACGGCGAGCUUUUCUUGAAAAGACAACCUCAGCUAAAAGUGAAGUUGGUCGAUGGGAGUAGUCUAGUGGUUGCUGUUGUAAUAAACAGCAUUCCGAAAGGAACAACUCAGGUUGUCCUUAAAGGAAACCUAUCAAAGGUUGCUUACUCCAUUGCCCUUGCCUUAUGCCAAGAUGGAAUCCAGGUAUUUACAAUGUCCAACGACGAGUACAAGAAACUUCAAGCAAAGCUCAGCAAAGAAGCUGGAAACAAUUUGGUUCUCUCUAAAAGCAAUACUCCCAAGACAUGGUUAGUGGGAGACGGGCUCAGUGAAGAAGAACAGUUAAAUGCACCAAAAGGAACAAUAUUCAUUCCGUUCUCACAGUUUCCACCAAAGAAAAUGCGCAAAGAUUGCUUCUACAAUACCACACCAGCAAUGUUGGCCCCCAAGCAUCUAGAAAAUGUCGACUCUUGUGAGAAUUGGCUGCCAAGAAGAGUGAUGAGUGCGUGGCGCAUAGCAGGAAUACUGCAUGCUAUGGAAGAAUGGAACGUGAAUGAGUGUGGAGAUAUGAUGUUCAAUAUUGAAAAGAUAUGGCAAGCCAGCCUUGAGCACGGGUUCCGCCCCCUCACAAAUGUUAUCGAUUCAAAGCCCAAUUAGACUCGCUACAUUGUGUUCAGCACUUUCUGAGUAUUUUCUAGACUCUCUAUCUAUAAAUAAGGAAACAGUUUCGUAUGCUCCACUUUGAGAAUCAAGUCUAAAAUUCUUCUCUUCUGUCAUUUGAGGAUGAAGUUAGAAUACUUAUGUACUUUCGCCUAUGCUUAAAUAAUACACGUAUACUGAGAACAUUAUACUUCUCU